AUGGCGUUCGAGUCUGGCACCGCAUACCCCGAAAGCGACAUCGAGGCUGACGACGAGUACGAGCGAAGUGAAAAGGGAUACGACGGCGGCCAGUCUCCCACCUCCUCAGACGAUCUCUCCUCGAGCGAGCACACUCCAACGACCUACGGCGCCCACGAUGCCAGUGACAAGCUGCCAGAAGCAAUUAUCAGCGAGUGGACCGCCGACGAGUGCGCUGACUUUGUGGCCAGCCUGAAUUUGCGCCAGUAUGCAGACCAAUUCUUAGAAAAUGAGAUCGUGGGAGAGGCAUUGGUCGCGCUGCAGCAUGAUGAUCUGAAGCAGAUGGGAGUGUCUAGUGUGGGCCAUCGAUUGACCAUUCUGAAGAAUGUCUACGACAUAAAAAUCAAGCAAGACGUGCCGAUAGAAAGCGAUCACUACCGCCCAUUAACCGCCGACGCUGAAGCUCAAUAUGCCACCGCGACCCUCAAAGAUAUAAAGCUUCUUGUGGACCAACUGCGGAUACGCGAUGAGCGAAUGAGCCUUGCAGAGGCCCAGCUGCAGAAGAUCACUAUCGAGUACAACAAAUUGCGAGAAGACUUAUUACCCGUCUUCAAAAUGGCUAAAGAAACGCAGCCGCUUCCUUACCCGAAUCAAAUCAAUAGCGCUGGUUAUCCCUAUGGCGGUUCGGAUACCAUAUCACCACCUGCACCAACACCGUCUUCAAGUCAAUCUGGAGGUGGGUUAUCCCGAAAAUUUUCUACCAAAAAGCUCUUUUUUGACGCGCCAAAAAAUGCAUCUCCAACUUAUGCACAAUCGAGUUACGAGAGAUCUUUGAUGGAGCGCAGUCUGGAUCCUGCUAAUGCUGCUAUGGAAGCUGUGCUAUCGAACCAACGUCUCACUGCUCAGAAUGGUGGCUCUAACCCGGCCAUAUCUCCCGGGUACCCUUCGCCGAAUCAACCCUCGCCCACAUCACCCCCUAUCUUCAACCCCGGCACGCUGGGGCCUGGUUCCUACGAACGACAGACGCCGAGGACGGGUACAUUUAAUGAAGGCUACGGCGGGUCUUCAAAUCGCGACUCGAGAAAACCUGCGCCUGGACGUUCAAAUACACCAGCACCAGACUCUGGUGGAGGAGCGUCGGUCGAGAUAUUCAAGUCCUUUCGCGUCAGUAUGGAAGACCCAUGUUAUAAGGUUUUACCAGCUGCUCUGAAAAAAUAUAACAUCAACGCACCAUGGGAGCAAUACGCGUUAUAUAUUGUUUACGGAGACCAAGAAAGAUGCUUAGGGAUGAACGAGAAACCACUGAUACUGUUUAAGCAACUUGACAAGGAAGGCAAGAAGCCAAUGUUCAUGUUACGGAAGCUGACUUCGAAUGCCGACGGACUUGCGGGCGAUGUACCUGGUAGUGCAGGCCUGGAUCCUCAGCGAGCAUACCAAAACACCGGAUAUGAACCACCUGGAGGCAUUAUUUAA